AUGGCCACAUCGGCCGCCACGAAGGAGGAGCUGCUGUCAGCUGUGCAGAGCAGCGAUGCAGAUGCAGUUCAGAGGCUGCUGAACAGCAGCCAGCUUGGUCCCGACGACAUGAUGUACAGAAAGGAUGCUGGGUGGAUCACAUCAACCGUUCUUCACCUGGCUGCCUCUCAAGGUGACCUGGACGUCGUGCAUCUGAUCCUGGCUGCCUGGCCUGCAGGCUCACAAGAAAGGGAUGGUGACGGCAACUUGCCGUUUCCAGAGUCUCUCCGAAAGCGUCACCUGCAGCUUUGGCUCGAUGGCUGCGGUGGUCACCCCCGCUGGGCUGACAACUUUGGUCCCCUUGUGAGCAGGCUUCGUGAUCCUGAAGCAAAGGACUUCUUGGAAUCUCGCAGCAGACCAGAAGACUGGAUGGUGGCCUUGCUGACAGACUGGCUGGCAUGGUUGUCUUUGAUCUCUGCUGCAAGUGCAGCGCUUGCAGCCGUGUGCCUUGAGCGUCUGAUCAGCAAAUUGAUGCAGAGGCCAAGGCAAGUGCAGCCACGUCCGUCGCCGGAGGAGGAAAGGGAUGUUUCAGACCAAUUCUUGCAGGGUGCUCGACUCUUGGUGUGCCAAGCAUUGGCAGAGCGUACGUCAUUCAUGAGACUGUGGCGGUGGCUGGAAAGUUUGAUUGCCGUCUUCUGGUUUGGCUUCGCGCUCUUAUUGGUACGGUGGGUUUUGUGGCUACCCGUUGUCUUCUUCUUGUACGCUGUUCCGGCAGUUAGCGUUCACGGUGUUCGGGAAGUUUUGAAGUGCCCGGUGCUGAUCAUCCUGACCAAACGGACCACGGGGACCAAGUGCCUCCUGACACAGGCUGCUGCCCUUCUUCGAACAGUGGCCCUCUCAGGGUUCUUUGUCGCGACUUUCGUUGCCUAUUGGGUUUUUUUCCUUGGUGGAGAAUUCGCUGUCGCUGAGCCCCUAAAGUGGUUCGCCGAAUAUGCGGUCAACCCCAUCAUUUCUGAAUGGGUCGCUUCAAAGUAUUUCAAUGAGUGGAGGAAUAGCAAGCUUGCCGAUGAUUGGCUAUUUGGAUGGGCCCCACCAGAUAUCACAGCAGUUGACAUUUUCAACAUGGUGCUAGACCGUCUCCUUCCAGGUUUCCUCAUCCUGUACUCUACAUGUCUGCUCUGUGCAUGGCUUGCGAACUGUGUUCAGCGCUUGGUCCCCGCGGUCGGCUGUGUGCAGCACCGGCUCCCGUGGCUCGAUGUGACUAUCAGGAAGCAGCGUGCGCAGGCCAAAAGGACAAGGGCACAGCAGGCGAUAGAGGAGCUGCUUCAGAAGCAGCCGCUGCCGUCUAGAUUCCGCGACGUGGAUCCCAGUCUCCGGCCCGUCGUCCUUCUCGCCUGGCCUUGGCAAGGAGGAGGGCUGCUCCAAACACUGGCGUUGCUGAUUUUGGACAUCGGCCUCGACGUCAAGACACUCAGCGAUGUGCUGUCCGCAAAGCAUUACGCUUUUGCUUCCGUCACGGCCUUCAUCGUGACUCGCAGUGCUCUUAAGCAAUUGGCCGUCUUGCCCCCUUGGAACCUCCGGCAGGCCCGCUUGGAGGCGAUACGGGAGAGUGUGGGGCGAGGCCUGCUGCGGGAGGACCUCCUGGAGUUCAUAGAAGAAGAGAGACGCUCAGAAGCGUUCUUCUGCGCGUGCAUCACUGCCUAUGCCAUGCUGUACGCAGCCCAAACAGCCGGUCAGCUCGUGACCCAGUUUGGCAGCCUUCUGCUAAGCACAUGGCUAUUUGCAGGUUAUGCCGUCAGAAUCUGCGACCUGGAGCUCGAUAUGGACAAUUUCGGUACAGAUGCGGCUUGCCCUGAUGUUGUGAGCAUCAGAAUCGACGAGCUCAAGAAGGAUGGCGAUGAUGAGCUCCCUGCGACCGCCGCUUCUCGAAACGGUUUGAAGCCAAUUGAUUUUGCAAGCGUAGAAUACCUCAAAUCGGAGUUUGUUUCCGAGGAUGCCAACGAUGAGUUGCAGCAGGCUCAGCAGGCUCUUGAUCAAGGCGGAUCCUCCAACGACUCGGAGCUCAGCUUUCAGCAGGCGCCGGAGAGUUUUGCCGAAAAUUCUGUGCCUUAG